GCCUGGCCCCAGCGCGUAACAGAGCUGCGAGCCCGACUGCCCAGGGCGUGUCACCGCCGGGGAGCAGGAAGCGCUGCGGCGUGGCAGGGCAAGAAUCAACGGAGGACGCCCCUCAAAGAGCAAGAGCACGUGGGCCUGCGAGGAUGGCGCGGACAGCAGCCCCGCCAGACGGCGCCCCGCAGCCGCUCCAGUGGCCGCCGCCAACACCUCCAUGGAGCCCCGGCCGGUCAAGAAGCAGUCAAUGCGCAGGCGCGUCCGCGGACCAGCAGGUGGGCGGGGUCACGAGCCGGAAGUGGCCUUUCCUACGGGCCCCUCCGGAAACCCAGCUGGCCGGAACUGCCUGGAGUUUCUGCCUCCAGGCGGAACCUCUCGUUGCUCGGCAACCGGUGCGGGUGCCGCAGACUCGCUCCACGCUACCCGGAGCAAGCAUAGAGUAGCGGCUCCCUGUUGCGCGGGCCCGCCUGCGUGGCGCCCGCUUCCCCGAGAGCCGCGUCCCCGCGCGUCGCGGCAUCCCUGCCCUUGGCACUAUUUACACGUCUCCGGUUCCCACGACUCCUUAACUCCCACCUGCCACAGAGCCCACCUCCACCGAAGGGGAGGUGGUUCGACUCCCGACAUGGCGUCGGCGAUGACAGACCGCAAUCCUCGCGCGGCCGAGGCCUCCGGCACCUACACCUACACCAGCAGGCCCCGGGCCGUGCCUUGCCAGCGCCGCCGCUACCGGGACAGCCUGUUGCAGCCAGCUGACGAACCUUUGAAUUAUGGAAACAUAAUGUAUGACAGAAGGGUGAUCCGAGGCAACACCUAUGCACUCCCCACGGGACAGGUGCCCGGACAGCCUGAUCCUCUAGAGCUUCAGCGACAACAGCAGGCCAGGAGGAGGGCUCUUGCCAGAAAGCGAGCCCAAGAGCAGCUCAGACCGCGAACACCUGAGCCCGUGGAGGGCAGAAAGCACGUGGAUGUGCAGACAGAAUUAUACCUUGAAGAGAUUGCUGACCGCAUAGUUGAAGUCGACAUGGAAUGCCAGACGGAUGCAUUUCUGGACAGACCACCAACACCGCUCUUCAUUCCUGCCAAAACUGGCAAAGAUGUGGCCACCCAGAUACUAGAAGGAGAGCUCUUUGACUUUGACCUUGAAGUCAAACCGCUGUUACAAGUUCUCGUGGGGAAGACGAUUGAACAGGCCCUCCUGGAAGUCAUGGAAGAGGAGGAGCUGGCCAAUCUGCGAGCCAAUCAGUAUGCAUACGAAGAAAUACGCAACGUGGAGCUGGCUGAAGUUCAGCGAUUGGAAGAGCAAGAGAGACGGCACCGAGAAGAGAAGGAACGCCGUAAGAGACAGCAGUGGGAAAUCAUACAUAAGCACAACGAGACGUCACAGAAGAUCUCAGCUCGUGCGUUUGCGCAGCGGUACCUGGCUGACCUCCUCCCGUCUGUCUUUGACAGUCUCAGGAACAGUGGCUACUUUUAUGAUCCAAUUGAAAGAGACAUUGAAAUAGGAUUCCUUCCAUGGCUAAUGAAUCAAGUUGAAAAAACCAUGGAGCACAGCAUGGUGGGAAGAACCGUGCUUGACAUGUUGAUCCGUGAAGUGGUGGAAAGAAGGCUAAAUAAUUACGAGAAAAAGGAAGACACGCAGCCCUCUAUGAGGUCGGAUGAUGUGUAUAGUGGUCCUGACACAAUGACAGAUCCCUCGGUGAGUUUAGAAUUACAGGAGUCAACCUUAUCCCCCACCCAGAAGCCACCUUUAGAAAGAGACUCCUUACAGAAAAUGCCAUCCCAAGAAAGGAAGCCUGUGGAAGAAGGGGCGCUCUUUUGGCAGAAUGACCAAACAGAAGUAAAGGAGUCUUUAGGGGAGGAUCUGUCACAACCAGAAGAAUCGUGGGAGUCAGGAAGCCAGUCAGCGGCUGGUCAGUAGUGAUAUGGUCAGGUACAGGUGCGUGUGAUCCCAGACUUUAGAGACUAUGUGACAUGUGUCCACCACGUCAUCUUGUCUAACUGGCUGAACAAAUCAAUUACGAUAAAAAUAAAACUAAUAAAAGAGA